AAUUGACUUCAGCUGAAUAAACGAUUUAACGUAUUAAAAUCUGUGUUUUUUUUAUUUAUUUCUAAUUAAUUUUGUGGAAAGCAGCAUUAGAGAUGUUAAAGUUUGCAAUUUUGUUAACAAUUGUGAUCUGUGUCAAAGCAUGGAAAAAAGAAAUGGAAAACCCUAAGAUGUAUCAAGGCGACAUUCAGCUUUCGCCAGAUGAAGAAGUCAGGGUAAAAAAUAAAAUGAGUCCAUUUGGAUCAAUCAAAGAUAGAAGAUGGACAAAUAAAAUAGUACCAUACAUGAUUGAUAAUACCAUCGAUGCUGGAACACGUAAAGCAAUAAACGACGCUAUUGCUGAUUAUCAUACUUACACUUGCUUAAAGUUUGUUCCACGAAAAAAUGAAAUUAAUUACAUUAGAUUUACCAAGGGUAACGGAUGUACUUCACCAGUAGGGAUGAGUGGUGGCGUAAAUGUUGUUUCUCUUGGUGAAAAUUGUGGAGAUAAAGGAACCGCUUUGCAUGAAAUUGGUCAUAGUAUAGGAUUGGAACAUGAACAAGCAAGACCAGAUAGAGGAAAAUAUGUUAACAUCAACUAUAAAAACAUUGACCCAAAAUAUAACGUUGCGUUUGCUUUUGAUAUCUCAAGAGAAGUCGAUUCUUUGGGAACUGAAUACGAUCUUCGUUCAAUGAUGCAUUACAGCUCUGAAGCAUUUGCAAAACCGGGUUUACAAACAAUUACGACAGUAGAUCCAAAAAAUAUGAAGUAUAUAGAAAACUUCAACCAAAUUAUUGGUUUUAGCAUCAUUGAUGUUCAACAAAUAAGAAAGAUGUAUAACUGUCCUGCAGGACCUCUUCCAAACAAUUGCGUCGACAAAGAUAAAACUGAAGAUUGUGCAUAUUGGCAAAAAAGUGGUUUAUGUAAUACGAACAAAUCAUACAUGUAUUUUAAUUGUCGCAAAACAUGUAACGUUUGUUAAAAAAAAUUUAGUUUUAAAUUUGAAAAUAUACUGAUAAAAAUUAA